AUGGCCCCCACUUUGAUGCUGGUGGAUUUUGAACAUGUAAACCCACUUGACGAUAUGGAUAAGUGUGAGGUCAGCAACGCGGUCAUCUUUGAUAUCCCCUUAAGUGGUGCCGCCGACAAAACGAAGUUUGUCAAUGCUUGCCAGGAUGCUGUCAAUCAGUUUGCCGCCGAUUCAGUCCUUAUUCACCUAAGACGCCGCCCUAUUGUGUGUGCUGCUUACUUCAUCUGGGGCGAGGGGUGCAAGGGGGGCGAUCUUCUAUAUAUGUCGGAAGGGGCGUUUCGCGCACAGCUACAGCUUGCUAAACUUCGGAGUCAAAGCUGCAAGCUCCACGUUUGCUUCAAGAGCCAGGAACCCAAAGACCGAGACCAAGUCCAAGACCGAGACGACUAA